GCUUUUUUCCCCGGCUGUCAGUGGGUCGUCGAUCCGUCAUCAAUCCUAUUUAUUAUAACCUAGAACACGUGGUAUGAUAAUGUAGCUUUUUUCAGCGAUAUUAGGCAUAGGACAUCCAACUUUAAUCACAAAAAAUGAGUGCCAGACUCAGGACCGAACUAUGGAUAAAGAUCAAGAGAUGCCUCGAGACUACUAAAUUGCCUGAGAGUUUAAAUACAGCUCUACGUUCCCUCAAUUUGAGACUAGAUAAUCCUACCGGAGAAUUUCUGUUCUCUCUACCUGUAAAAACAAAGGAUUAUGACAUUCGAAAUGCAGCAGAGAAUCUCGUAGGGAUUGUUAAGCCAGAUGAUUUUUUUUCUGGCAUUGCCAUCAGGAGAGAAAAACAUUCAGAGAAUUUAUUAUUCUUCCUAAACAGAGAACGAUGUAUCAAAGAUAUAGUAGAAAGUGAGCCACAUAGUGUCGGUAUAACAGACGAAGACUAUUCUAGCCACAAAAAAAUCCUCGUGGAAUACAGUUCACCUAAUAUAGCAAAGCCAUUCCAUGUCGGUCAUCUACGAUCAACGAUAUUGGGAAAUUAUAUUGCUAAUAUAAAUGAUUACCUCUGCAAUGAUGUAAAGAGGAUAAAUUACCUUGGAGACUGGGGUACGCAAUUCGGUUUCAUUCAACUUGGUAUUGAUUCUCUGAAUAUUUCAGAUGAACAAAUGAGGCAAGAUCCUAUCAGGAUUUUGUACAAGGCUUACGUCCAUGCUAAUAAACUCGGAGAAACAGAUCCUUCAAUUUCUGAAACAGCUAGGAAGAUAUUCAAUGAGCUAGAGUCUGGGGUGGGUGGAGAGCUUGAAAAAUGGGAAACUUUUAGAAGAUACACAGUUGAUGAACUCACAAAAACUUACAAAAGACUAGGCAUCAAUUUUCAUGAAUACAACUGGGAGUCUAAUUACAAGGCAAAAGAUAUAUCAGAAAUAAUAUCGCGGAUGGAAUCACAAGAAAUUUUAAAAACAGAUAGAGAGGGAAGAAGGGUGAUAGCUUUGAGCGAGGAACGGAGUAUUCCCAUAAUGAAGAGCGACGGUUCUACACUUUACAUAACAAGAGAUAUUGCUGCAGCAGUAGACAGAUUUGACAAAUAUAAAUUUGAUAACAUGUAUUAUGUCGUGGAUAACGCACAGACAGAUCACUUUGUUACUCUGAGCCAAAUACUAGACAAAAUGGGUUUUCCAUGGUCUAAUAAAAUUAAACAUAUAAAAUUUGGGAGAAUCAGAGGCAUGAGUACGAGGAAAGGCAGUGCUAUCUUUCUAAAAGAUAUCAUGGAUGAGACCCAGGUGGUUAUGAAAGAGAAGCAAAUUAAAUCUCCAAACACCAAAGUCGAGCUGGAUUGUGGCAGUGAGACAACCGACAUAUUGGGAAUUUCUGCAAUUAUCAUCAACGAUUUGAAACAGAGAAGAUUAAGAGAUUAUGUAUUCGAUUGGGAUAAAGCUCUUGAUGUAAAAGGUGACACCGGAGUAAAACUGCAAUACGUUCACUGCAGAUUAACAAGUUUAGAGGAAAAUAGCGGAGCUAAAUUACCAGAGAAAUGUGAUCCCUCAGUUCUCAAUGAGCCUAUCAUUGGACAACUCGUCCUUGAAAUUGGAAAAUUUGAUGAAGCUAUUCUAAGGUCCCAUCAGGAAUUCGAACCCUGCAUUCUUGUCAAUUACCUCUUUAGUCUGAGUCACACCAUUAACAAAGGACUAAAAAUCCUGAGGGUUAAGGGAGAGCCAACGGAUAUUGGAUCCCAGAGAUUAUUAGUUUUUCAUGCAGCAAGAAAUAUCCUUGCCCAAGGUAUGAAGCUACUUGGACUGCAGCCACUGAAUAAAAUGUAGCUGAAACGAUCCUGUAAUGAAAUAGUCAACAAUUCAAAUUAGCUAUGUAAAAAAAUAAAUGUAGUUUUGGGAAACACUGCUUCUAAUUGUAGGCCAUCCUCCUAAAAUAUCGUAUCAACAUAGCUAGAGUAAAUAUAAAAUUGUACAAUUUUAUUGAA